AUGGACGGCACCUGGCUCGGCGACGACCACUCGCCCUCGCCCGGCGGCACCGCUGCCAUUUCUGAGGCUGCGGCCAGCGGUCUCGCCUUCUGCUUUGCAACCGGCCGGUGCCCGCAGUCGGCCAGCGACGCCUCAGGUCUCGAUCUCUCGUCGCGGCCCGGCAUCUACUCGAAUGGCGCGGUCGUGCGCGGCAUCGGAGGCGCCCCGCUGUACGCGCUCGACCUUCCCAGCGAGCUGCUCGGAUCGCUGGGCGAGCUUGCGCGCGAGGAGGGCAUCUGCGUGCUCUACAACGACAUUGACGACUUUUGGACGCCGUCGCUCGACGCGCCGAUGGCGUUGCACCUGCACGACGACUAUGGCGACCCUCGUCCCAAGCAGGGCGUUCCCUCCAAGGCGCAGCUCAUCCACCUCGUUGGCCGGGAGCAGGAGCUCGAUAGGAUCGAGGCACGAGUGCGCAGCGCCUUCAGCGGCACGUGCGCCGUGGGCCGAAACCUGCCGACCGACCUGGUUGCCACCCACCCCGAUGCGACCAAGGGACGUGCGGCGGCGCGACUGUGCGAGGCGCUCGGUCUCUCGCGAUACCUAGCCAUCGGCGAUUCGGGAAAUGAUGUGUCGAUGCUGCUCGCCGCCGCUGAGAGCGGCGACAUCGGAGUCGCCAUGGCAAACGCGCGCCCGGCCGCGAUGGAGGCUGCCGAGUUCGAGGCAGCGGCGCGCAACACAGACCGCGAGCCGGGCGUGCUCCUUGCCGUCCGCGCCGUGGCUGCCUCCAAGUCAAGUGCAUUUACGAGCUGA